AUACCAUGGAGGAAAAUGGCAUUCGAACGUAGCUCGAGAGUUCUUCCGGGUUCCGUUUGAUAAAUGAUCACUCAAUUCGAAAUGUUCCCCGGUCUUUCUCGAGCUGCAAAACCCCUCCUAAGCCCCACCAUCAAUUUCUCUCGCUCUCUGCUGCAACGAGCAGACAUGAGAGCAUUCAGAGCGCUCCACUUCCAGAAACACCAAUUCAACCCAUCUUCAAACAGGCCCUUGUUAAACCCUCCAAUAACUUCAUGUAAAUAUUCCCCAAACCCUAGAUUUUCCCGCCAUUUAUGGUCUACUCCUCGUCGCAUGUCCCCUGAGGAAUCGACCGCCGUUAGCCACGAUGUGAACGGAUGGGGUGGAGGUCCCAAAGAACAGUCCAGCAUUGAGACUUUCUACGAGCCCACCACCGGCCGGGUCGUGACACGAAGAGCACAGUCCAAUAACGAGGCAUCUCUAAGAGAAGCCGGUUCGAGUACGGGAAAUGAGGGCUCUUCGAAUUCUAUGAGCUCUCGUUAUGAGUAUGGUUCUGAGAGUAGGGUGUAUGGGGAGGUUGUUGGGAGUAGAGGUGGUAAAAGGAAGGGGAAAGGGAAGAGUAAAACAGUAUGGGUGUGCUCGGACUGUGGAAAUACUGAUGCGCAGUGGUGGGGGGUUUGUAAGGAAUGUAAUGCUGUCAAUACCUUGAAGCAGUUCUCCCAAGGGGAUGAUCGUCCCACUGGUGGGCUUGGGAUAUCUGAAAAAGUAAUAAGGUCAUGGUUACCUCAACGUUCUGACAAUUCGAUGCCGAUGAAAUUGUCAGAUGUGAACAAGGGGAUUAAUCAGAUUAAUUGGAGAAUUCCCUUAUCUGGACUCUUUGGAGCUGAAGUUGAAAGAGUGCUUGGUGGUGGUCUGGUUCCAGGUUCCUUAGUUUUAGUAGGCGGAGAUCCUGGUGUUGGCAAGAGCACAUUAUUGUUGCAGAUUGCAGCUAUACUCGGUGAAGGGCAUGGUACAACUGAAUCUGCACCAAUUGUUUAUGUCUCUGGUGAAGAGAGCAUUGAGCAAAUUGGAAAUAGAGCUGACCGUAUGAGAAUUGGGACCGAACAACUCUUCUUAUACACAAGUACAGAUGUUGAGGAUAUUCUGGAAAAGGUUCAGCGUUUUUCACCACGUGCUUUAAUAAUUGAUUCUAUUCAGACAGUUUAUCUCAGAGGAGUAGCUGGAAGUGCAGGAGGCCUAACACAGGUCAAGGAGUGCACUGAAGCAUUUCUUCGUUUUGCCAAGAAGACUAAUGUUCCUGUUCUUUUGGCUGGGCAUGUCACUAAAUCUGGUGAAAUAGCUGGACCUCGUGUGUUGGAGCACAUAGUUGAUGCUGUCUUAUAUAUGGAGGGGGAGAAGUAUUCUUCUCAUCGAUUACUAAGGUCUGUGAAGAACCGUUUUGGAUCCACAGAUGAGCUUGGUGUAUUUCAAAUGUCAGAGUCAGGUUUACAAGCUGUUGCAAGCCCUAGUGAAAUGUUUCUAAGUGAAGAGCAUUCAGAUUCUGAUGUUUUAGCAGGGCUUGCUGUUGCUGUAGUUUUGGAUGGAUCACGAGCCUUUGUCAUUGAAAUUCAGGCAUUGUCUGUUGCUGGCUUAUCUAUGUCAAGAGCAGUACAGGGUGUUCAAUCAGGCAGAGCUGACUUGAUUGUUGCAGUUCUCACGAAGCAAGCUGGUCUCAAGCUACAGGAGAAUGGCAUUUUUCUGAAUGUCAUCAGUGGAUUUAAACUGACAGAGACUGCUGGGGAUCUCGCUAUAGCAGCAGCAAUUUGCAGCAGUUUCUUGGAAUGUCCAGUACCAGUUGGGUUCGUGUUCAUUGGAGAAAUUGGUCUAGGCGGCGAACUCCGUACGGUGCCAUUAAUGGACAAAAGGGUAAAUACAGUGGCAAAACUGGGAUACAAAAAAUGUGUUGUUCCCAAAUCUGCGGUGAAGUCAUUGGUAAAGCUAGAGCUUGGGGACAUUGAGAUUGUGGGUUGCAGUAAUCUGAAGGAGAUGAUCAAUGUUGUGUUUUGAAACCCCCUCCUAUAUAUGUACACAAUAGCCGUAGGUAGGCUAGGGAUGAAAAUUACUAUUAAGAAAAACUUACUAGUGGAACCCCUUGACACCACAUGAUCCUCAUAGGCUUCCCCCUCAGGCUUAGUGUGGUUCAAGAGAGAGUCAUAGCCUUGAAAGCUGAUCAAAGUAUCAAACACAGAAAUUAAUUUCAAACAGGGAAGAUCCCCCACGCCUAGAGAGAUGGUCUUCUGAGAAUAUCCGCCGGCGCUGGCAAUGGACGUGGUGACACCGCCGACAUUUGAUACUCAAGUAGUAUCAGAAAAACCCUAGCUAGGGAGAUGAUAAGAAGAGAGUACGUUUUUAGAAGCUUUUGCGUCUUAGGGGAGAAAGAGAGAGAGAGUACGUUAUAGUGAAAAAUUUCAAAGUGCAGCUAUACGCAGAGGCGGUUAUAACCGUUAGACACUGAAGAAGCCUUGAUCAUAGGGAUCCAAGUACGGGAUCGCGUCUAUAUCUGAGACGUGUAACGUCAUUUCCUCCCGGGGUUUGUUACGGCCUUACGGGGAAAAGUGACGACGUAGUUUUAACUCCAUCAGUUUAUCUCAACUGCUUUGUAUUAAGUUGGUCUCUACGACGCCCGUUUGAACUUUUUUUUUUUAAAUGUAAGAUUAUGGGAAAUUUGUAUCCACAAUCAACACCCAAACAAAAGAAACGUUGCCCCGAGGUACCUGAUGAAUUGGUGGAACAUGAUUUUUAACAUUAAUUUUUAAUUUAUUGUUAUUAUAA